ACAUUUAAUCUCACACAAUUCAUGUCAGCUCCUUUGUUCCCAAAAAAAUCCACGGUUUCUCUCUCUAAAAUAUGUGAUUUCUCCCCUCUCUUCUAUACCCUCUAUUUUUCUGCAAAUUCGAAGGAUAAUGUUUAAUUUGAGGAUUUUGCUUCAAAUUUCUGUUGCGGCACUCAGUUCUUUACUCGAAUUUGAAAAUUCAUGCUCAAAAUCAGGUAUGAUUUGAAUCUCCAAAUUGAUCUCUACACAGUUGUUAUUCGCUCAAAUACCAGAAAUCGUUGGUUUGGCUUGAAUUUAUGAAUUCGUCAACAAAAUGUUGCGAAGUUACAGUAGAUAAUGCUUAUACUUACAAAUUUGUAUCAACCUUGCUGUCAAUUCGACCAUAAUUUCGUGAUUUCACUCCAAAGUUUCUCAAAGAUAUAGUUUCUAUUUCAGUCAGGCUGCUGGCUAGUUGUUGACCUUUGUUGACUAGGAAUGGUGCACAAUCUGUAGUUGGUCAGCAGUGAUUGCAGACCAUGUAUGUGGAUGGCUAGACCUCUUGCCUCCUGCACGGUGGAACAACAGAUUUCUGCAGUUGUUGCUGAUGCUGCUGCAAGCUUUCCUGAUGUGGUUGCAGUUGCAGCUGUCAUUGUUGCUGCUGUUGCAAUUGUUGUUGUAGCAGCAGCUUUAUGUUAUUAUGUUGUCAUUAAUUCUGUUAUGCUAUUCUGUUGGUGGCGGGUAUGGCGGCAAAUUCGUAUCCGGAAGCCGCAGGGAAUAUCUGCUGACAAGCAACAGAAAACUUGGGACCGCAACAGAAAACCAAUCUUAAUUGCUUCCUUUCUCUUUCCUUUACACUGGAGGAUUCAAGUUUCGGAGGGUCAAUUGACAAGCAACAGAAAACUUGGGACCUGGGUUUUGGUUGGUAAAUGGGUUUGAAUUGGGUAUGUUUUGGUGGGAAUUGUAGGGACAGUUGAGAGCUUGUUGCAACCACCACCAUUGUUACUGUAAUUAGAAAGGUGGAAGUUGCAGAAGAUUUUUUUAGCACAUUUUAUUUGUUUGUUGUCUUUGGGUGGUUGUGUGCUAGGGUGGGUGUUGGCUUGUUCUUAUGGUGUUAGGUGUGGUGUAUGUAGCGCGAAGAACACGAGAUUGUGUUGAGUAUUUUGUAUGGAUUAAUGUCAGUUGAGUUGAGUAUUUAAUUACUAGAUUUACUUAAA